CACAGAUUCUAGCACCGCUGACCACGUUUUGUUAAAAAAAUUUUCGAUUAUUACAUUUUCUGUUUUAUCAUAAUGGAAGACAGCACUUUGCAGAACAACUAUGGUAAAUUACUGCAGACAUGAAAGGAAUUAAAUCAGUGCCGACUUGAAAUUCAUACUUAAGAAAGUAUAUCAAAAUAUAUUUAAAAUGCCAUCAGCGAAAUCAGGUGAUAGUGCUGACAAUGUCAAAGUUGUUGUUCGAUGUCGACCUCUAAAUGAAAAAGAGAAAUCAUCUCAAUUCGAUACUGCUGUUACAGUAGAUGAAGUUCGAGGUCAAAUUGCAGUGAAAAAACAAGUAUCUGAUGUUGAACCACCAAAGACGUUCACUUUUGAUACAGUAUUUGGUCCAGAUAGCAAACAAGUUGAUGUGUAUAAUCUUACUGCAAGACCGAUAGUGGAUUCUGUUCUCCAAGGUUAUAAUGGAACUAUCUUUGCAUAUGGGCAGACGGGAACUGGAAAGACUUUCACAAUGGAAGGUGUUCGGUCUGUGCCAGAAUUGAGAGGUAUUAUUCCAAACUCAUUUGCACAGAUAUUCGGUCAUAUUGCAAAAGCAGAGGGCGAGAGUAGAUUUUUGGUGCGUGUCUCUUAUCUUGAGAUUUACAAUGAGGAAGUGAGGGAUUUGUUGGGGAAAGACCAACAUGCACGUCACGAAGUGAAAGAACGUCCUGAUAUCGGAGUUUAUGUUAAAGAUUUAUCAAUGUUUGUGGUUAAUAAUGCUGAUGAUAUGGAUCGAGUAAUGACACUUGGCAACAAAAAUCGCUCUGUUGGUGCUACUAAUAUGAAUGAACACUCUUCACGAUCUCAUGCUAUUUUCAGUAUUAUUGCAGAAUGUAGUGAAAAAGGUCCAGAUGGUCAACAGCAUGUUCGAGUCGGUAAGUUACAUCUUGUUGAUCUUGCAGGAUCUGAACGACAAGCGAAAACUGGCUCAACAGGCCAACGACUCAAAGAAGCGACAAAGAUUAAUUUGUCUUUAUCAACUCUUGGGAAUGUAAUAUCCGCUCUUGUUGAUGGCAAAAGUACUCAUAUACCGUACAGAAACUCUAAAUUAACGCGUUUAUUGCAAGAUUCUCUCGGUGGGAAUUCAAAAACUAUGAUGUGUGCCAAUAUUGGUCCUGCGAGUUAUAAUUAUGAUGAAACAAUAUCUACUUUGAGAUACGCAAACCGAGCCAAAAAUAUCAAGAACCGAGCCAUUAUCAAUGAAGAUCCUAAGGAUGCAUUGUUGCGGCAAUUUCAAAAAGAAAUCGAGGAUUUACGAAAGAAAUUACAAGAUGGAGGAGGCGAGGAAGGAAGUGAGAGUGAAUCAGAAGAGGAGAUUGGUCCUGACGGGAGCGUUAGGAGAAAGAAAGGACGAAAAAGGAGAAAUUCAUCAGGGAAAAUGGCGGCAAUGCAACAGAAGAUCGAAGAAGAAAGAAAACGUUUGGAGGAACAAAAGGAAUUAGCUGAAGAAGAAAGGAAUGAAGUAAAAGCUGAUCUUGAAAAACGAGAGGAAGAAUACAAAAAAGCAAAGUUGGAGCAUGACCAAAUGAUGGAACGAUUACAUGCUAUUGAGAGGAAAGUUAUUGUUGGUGGCGUCGAUUUGUUACAAAAGGCAGAAGAGCAAGAAAAGCUCCUAGAAGAAUCAAACCUUGAAUUACAAGAAAGAAGAGAUCAACAAGAGGAACUGCGGAAACAAAUUGAAGAAAAAGAAGCUGAGCGUAUAAACAUCGAAGAAAAAUAUAAUUCUCUUCAAGAAGAAAUACAGGGCAAAACACGAAAGCUUAAGAAAAUAUGGACAAUGAUAAUGUCAACAAAAUCCGAACUUGAAGAUAUUCAGCAAGAACAUCAAAGAGAAAUGGAAGCUUUGUUGGAUGGAGUGCGAGAACUUUCACAAGAUGUUCAAUUACAAACUUUAAUAUGCGAUGCUUUUAUUCCACCGGAAUAUUUUGAAUUAAUUACUGAACAAGCGCAUUGGAAUGAAGAUAUAGGAGAAUGGCAAAUGAAAUGUAUAGCAUACACAGGUAAUAAUAUGAGAAAACAGUCUCCAAUUCCAGAAAAAAAUGUAGUUGAUGAUUCUGAUCUUGAUCUAUCUCACGUAUAUCUUGCGUACAGUGAGCAAAGCUUAAGAGAAGCAUAUCGACAAAAAUCAGCAAAAACAAAAUCAGGUCGUCCAAAAACUGGACGCAAGAAAAAACACACAACGCAAGCUGACAUAGAUGCUGUAUUACAGUAAAUAUCAUAUUUAUUUGCUCUGUCACUGCCUAAUUUUAGAUAAUUAUGUAUUUAUACUGAUAUGUUGUCAGUAUUAUGAAAUGCGUGUGAAAUUGUAUGUUGCAUGAUGUGAUUGCUUUGUCCGAAUUUCAAGUCUUUAA